UACGAUGACCAAACCACACAUCAGAAGAUGGAGAAACGACGACGUUUCGGUCCGUCGUGGACCAUUAUCAAGUCGACACGUCGUCGUUUCUCUAUCUUCUGAUGUGUGGUUUGGUCAUCAUUGUAGUUUGUGCAAUGGCAGGUGCCUACAGAGAGAUGUUGUCGUUCUGAAUGACAUCGUUGAGGCUUACAUUCCCUAAGUGGGGACGUAAAGAGAGAGAGAGAGAAGACUCGCAAAUAUUAUAUAAGCAAUCUACGGCUGCCUGAGAAUAUUUUUGAAAAGAACAGAGGCUGGCGACAAGAUGGCCAACGCACCACGAGCGAGGCUUCUCGGGAAGAACUCUGCCUUUCUUGGAAUAUCCCAUGUUUUUCCUUCCUCACGUUCCGUCAUCUUCUCCUCACGUUCUGUUCUCCCUGGAGCAUAUUCUGGCCCCUUGAGGUCUCGUGGGAUGUCCUCCAUGGCCGGAGUGGCGCCCUCGCUGGCCACGACUGACUCCCACUCCCUCCCUCGACCACACUCUGAGAUCCCAGGCCCUAGGUCAUGGCCGCUGCUGGGGACCUUACCUGCUUCAUACUUCGACCCAGAUUAUGAUGUUUCACGGAUCCCGCGUCUCUGGAGAUCCUAUUUCAAGAAAUACGGACCAAUUUUCAAGCUGAAUUUUCUUGGGCUGGGAGACGUUGUUUACAUCUCUGAUCCCACAGACAUUCAACAUCUCUACAGAGAGAUGGCUGACAAUCCUAUUAGGCCAAUUAUAGAUUCUCUUAGAAAAAUUCGUGUUAAGAACAAGGCUAAAUUUUUUAAAACCUCUGGAACAGGCAUCAUUACCGAGCAGGGUGAGGACUGGUGGCGGGUGAGGAGGCUAGUGCAGGUGCACUCCAUGAGGCCCAAGAACGUGGCUUACUACCUGCCACAGGUCGACCACGUGGCCCAGGAGUUCGUCGCCAGGUCAGCCGGUCAACGGGACCACAAGAAUGAGCUUCCUGGUGAUUAUGUUGAAGAGUUGUUAAAAUGGGCUUUGGAAUCCUUGGGCCUCGUGGCCCUCAACAAGCGGAUAGGGUGCUUAGAGGACAGUGAGGAGGGACAGAAGAUAAUCCAGUCAUCCAUCAGCAUGAUGGAAGCCACAGGGGACUGUGAGUUCGGCGUCCACCUGUGGAAGUACUUCCCCACAGCGCCGCUAAGACGCAUGUGGAAAGCCCACGACAAUCUCCUCGAUGUGAUCUUGGAGAAGGUUGGCCAGGCUAAACAGGACCUGGAAGCCCGUGACCCCGAGGACUCGGGCGAGCUGAACAUCUUGGAGUCUCUCCUCACCACUCCGGGUCUCUCGCUCGAGGACGUUAUCACCUUCAUGGUCGACCUCUUCUUCGCUGGGAUUGACUCGACAUCGAUGACGUCGGUGUUUACCUUGUACAACCUGGCCCGACACCCAGACAAGCAGGCCAGACUACAGCAGGAGCUGGACCAGGUACUGGGAGACGGGAGCCAGACUCUCACCACCCAUCAUAUCGCCAAACUCACUUACACCAAAGCCUGUGUGAGGGAGGCACUAAGGCUGCGGCCAAUAACGCCAAUUGUGUCCCGUCAGAUCGACAAACCCGUAACACUUCAGGGCUAUAGAGUUAAUGCUGGGACUCACAUAUACGUCAGCAUUGAAGAGUCCAGCAUGAGGGAGGACUACUUCCCUCGGGCGACAGAGUUCAUACCAGAGCGCUGGCUGAGAGACAAUCCGGACCGUCCCACUAACCAUUUCGCCUCCAUCCCCUUCUCCGUGGGCACCCGCAUGUGUGUGGGCCGGAGGCUGGCCGAACAGGAGAUCUACGUGCUACUCGCCAGGAUGUUCUCGAAGUAUAACUUGGAGUACAAGUACGAUGUGUGGGACCCAGUGUUCAGGGUGCUCUACAAGCCCGACAAGCCACAGACCUUUACCAUGACCGAGCGAUGAGGAGCUUUGAUCCUCUCUCUAGAUCAUGUAUUUUUGCUGAAAUAGGUUGAUAGUAGUUCCCUCAAGAAUGUAUUCUAUUACUCAACUAAAUAAAAAUGUGGUAUAUCUAUAUUAAAAACAAAUUAUAGCCAUAUGAUGGGACCGAAAAUGCAUCCCUGAGAAGUUCAGCGACGCAGGUUCGAUCCCAUUAUAUGGCUUCACUAUAUUUCCAUAACCAUUCUACACGUCACGGCAAAAAUGAGAAUGAUACAUGUGAAGACUCCCAACCUACCCCUCUGAAAACAGAGGAAGUAACGACGCUUAGGUCCAUCCUAAACCCUUCAAGGAAGGGACGUCCUGAGUCGUCACUUACACUAUAUUCAGAUGUUUGGCUUGGGUGUCUAAUUUUCAACCACGUCCUUAUGACUUCAUGUCUGCAUUAGUGUGAACUUUUAACUAUUUUUUUACAAUUUAUCGUAUAUUUUUAUUAUUCAAUUUCUUUCCUGGUAUGUGUUGGCUUAGGUCCUAGUUUGCAUAUUUUAGGCAAAGUAUCUAGAGUAUUAACUUUAAUUUACAAUGUAGUGAGUAUACACACGUGAGUAUAACUAUGUGAGUAAGGGUGCUGCAGUGAUGACUGUAACAGGUAAAUCAUGGUUGAUGCAUGUGCAGGUUGAUGACAUAGGAGGAGUAACAGUCAGCAGUGAUAACACAGGAUGAGUAAGUCAGAGGUGAUAACAUAGGAUAAGUAACAGUCAGUGGUGAUAACAUAGGAUAAGUAACAGUCAGUGAUGAUAACAUAGGAUAAGUAACAGUCAGUACUCUGAUAACACAUGAUGAGUACAGCAAUAACCAAGGAUCGGUAACAGUUAGUAGUAAUAACAUAGCAUGAUUAGCAGUGAUAAUAUUGAAUGACUAAGUCAGAGGUGAUAACAUUAAAUGACUAAGUCAGUGGUGAUAACAUGAAUGAGUAUGAAUCAGUAGUGUUAAUAGGCUUACAUGUUCCGGAAGAUGAGAUGAAAUGUCAACACUGUGGUGAAAUGACUGACAGACCACUGGAACAUUAACACAGAGCACAGUUACAAACCCAUUAAGAUUUCAACUUAGAUUCAACAGAGCAGAAGAAG